CCUCCAUUCCUUGUAAUUCCAUCGUCGGUCAAAGAAUAGAAGCCUCUUCAACAUUUCUUCCGUUGCAGACUUGAAAAUGGCCCCCAAAGUUGCCCUUUUCUUGGCCUGUAUGCUUGUCAUCGCAACGGUUGCAACUGCAUUGGAAGAAAAGAGUGAUAAUCACAUCCAUGUCGUAAAGAAGGCUUCUGUGUCACCGGCGACGGAGGGAGCUAAAAUUGGAGGUCAGAAGUGCGUAGCAUUGUGCGAGGAUCACUGCAAAUCUUGGCGCAAGAAGAGAGGGUGUGUGUUUAGCUGCACCACAUGCUGCAAUAAGCUGAAUUGCGUACCCGUUGGAGGCAUGACUUGCAAUAACUGGACCAGCGUCACCAAGAAGGGUGAAACCAUCAACUGCCCCAAGUCCCCACCCAAGUAAAUUUGGAGAUUCAAAUGCAUGCAUGCAUGCCACCACCAUCAUUUUCUUUUUUUGCUCUCUAGAUUAAAAUGUACCGCAACACAUGGUUGGCCAUUUGUAUUAGUUCCCAAUCAUGUAUUUUGGUGAAACAAUUAAACCCUAAGUUGGGAACACAAUAAAAUUAUCUUUUUUCUUAA